AUGAAUUUCUUCAAUAUCGUUUUCGUAGACGACCCAGAUCCUCCAAAACCCGAAUCCGGCAACAAAGGCGGCGACACUUGGAACUUUGGCGGCCUGAUCAAAACCUUGACAGCCAAAUCCGAAUCCAUAAUCGAGACCUACCGUCACGAUCUGCAUGAAUUCAGCACUGGAUCGAAGACCAAAAUCGAGGUCGCCCAGGGCUCUGUCGGCCACGUCAUCGACGAGUUCGGAAACAUCGUCAUCAAAGGAACGACUCAGAUCAUAUCUCAAGGCAAAUACGCCAUCCUCACUGUCAACCUCGAUUCCGGUUCUGACAACGGCGCGGAAGCAACAGCCACUGUAAGCGCACGCAGGGUGGUGAGAAGGGAGAAAAAGGGUCGGGCUCGUCCUUGCGGGAAGGCCAUGGAGUGGACAUGA